AUAAUGCGAAUAUCCCAUACAAAGCUGGGCAGUGAGCAUUGCCCACGUGGUCCACUAUAUCGACGCCGUGGCCGCGGGGCGGUCAACUGAACCAAGCUCGUCCCUAUAAUAUCGGGUCUUGUCCAGAUGUCUCGAAUCACACUCCACUAUAGUAGUCGAUCAUGGUGCUGCACACAUGAUGUGUCGUGCAAGUGGAGAGUUCAACCAAGCUUACCCCAUUUGCCUGGCCAAGCAGCUUGCUCUCAUAAGCGCCAAACAUCAAGAAACCGGAGCCACUCGUAAGUCAAGCCUCUGCAGCCACCAGGUCCAUACCUACUUAGUGCCUACUUUAGUAGGUAGGCUCUUCUGCUCUUGGAUCUCCUGCUGUACUUCUGCGAAUCUUCGGGUACGGUCCUCGAUGUCUGGAGCCCCGUCUCCUCGAGUUGUCUUUGGAUGGAUCUACAACGCUGGACCCUGUUAGCCCAUUCCGACCUGCAUAGUCUGAUCGGUUCCCAGGUAGCUUAGCUACUUGCCUGGGCCCUUGACCUGACAGCCUGAUCGAUAUAACCCUGGCGGAACCCUGAUCCUUGCCACUGCACGUGUGGUCAAACUCCAGUCUUUCCUUGCUGUUCGCGACUUCCUGAUCGCAGAGCCGAGGGCGCAAGCCCUUGCGGGAAGGGAAAGCAUGGAGUCGUCCAAGCCGGCACUGGAUCUGGAGAAAGAGCUGACCUGCUCGAUCUGUACCGAGCUGCUCUACCACCCCCUUACGCUUCUGGACUGUCUGCAUACCUUUUGUGGCGCCUGCUUGAAGGACUGGUUCGCAUGGCAGGCUCACGCAGUCGAGAAUGGCCCCGAUCCGCCAGCCCCCGGCGCUUCCGUCUUCACCUGCCCCUCGUGCCGGGCACCGGUGCGGGACACGAGACACAAUGCCACUGUUGCCUCGCUCCUGGACAUGAUGCUUGUUGCGCACCCGGACAAGGCGAAACCAGACCCUGAAAAGGAAGAGAUGGAUGCCAAGUACAAACCAGGAGACAGCGUGCUUCCCAGGCUGAACAUCCCAGAACGAACUGUCGAGCAGCUACGCCUAGAGGAGCGCGACAGGACCCUCAUUGAGUCGGUGCGAGAGAUGAGUCUUCUCGAGGCUGUGAAUGGCGAGCCAGCCACCUCCAGUUCGCGCCAGCACGGAUCAUCCACGAGGCACAGGAACGGGAGCUCUCAUCGGACCAGAGACACGAGCUCGACCAGGAGCGGCGAUUCGCGGCCUCGGGAGCGCCAGCAUAGGCGUGGAGCCACCGCAGAUAGGGAGUCUAACCUCAGAGCGGAGCAGAAUGCGAGGCUGUCGCCCGACCAUGUGGGAUCAAGGUCCGAACACAGCCGCAGUAGCAGCAACGAAUCCAGACGAAGGGCGGAGGAUUUGAGGGAAAGACAGAGGCGUCACAUCGAGCACCAGUCGUCUCUUCGCUCCCUGAUUAGCUCUUCAGACGCAGCUGACAUCGACAUGGAGCGAGAGGUGGAGGAAUUCGCCCGGCAAAUCCAGGAAGAGGGCCUACUGGACGGAUUGGACCUGGAGAACAUCGACCUCAUCAACAACGACGAGCUGAGCCGCAAGAUCACUGAAGCAUACCGGAGGCGUCAGCGAGAAAGAGAAAGGAUGCGUCACGAGGAAAGGAGCCGCGCCACCUCUCGAAGCUCCCAUGCUGGGCCGUCCGAACCCAGGCCUCAGCUAGCUGUUACGUCGAGGUCAGCAAACCGGCAGACAGAUCGUCAUUCAAGAUCAGCAAGUGCCACGAGUCAGUCCGAAGAACGCAGCAGGCCGCCUAUAUCUUCACGCUCUGCGACUCUGGAAGUUCAGGAGCCGAGGAGGCGUCGGCGUGCCGCCAGCGGAAGCAGGGACCGCAGUUCGACCUUACCGGCCGGCCCUACCCAGCCAGAGGUCAGGGUUGGCGCACGGUCUCAGACAGACUUGAAUGCCAGGUCAAAUAGUCUGAAUACUUCCUCCAAGAGGCCAGCCAUUGGGGAUGGGCGAAGUGCAAGCACAUCGGACGUCCCAAGCAGCAAUCCAGUCCUUGUACAAUCACCACCUUCCACGGCUUUGCCCUUCAGCGCCCGAGCCAACGGUUUGAACAUAUUACAGCCCCAAGAAAGGACAGUUGCCGACCCGAGCUCGAGCUCGAGCUCAAGCCGGCAGAGACCCGCUGACGUUGUCUUGGGGCCACCCCUGAACCCUACUCCCACCAUGACCAACGCGAACCUACUGGCAUCUCCGACGUCCAGCGCUGGCCACCAGAAGCAUCGGACAUCACUCUUCGCAGAGCCUGCAAUCAGAUGUGACCGAUGCCGCCGAGACCAUAUAGAGUACGAAUUACACUACAACUGCGCGGACUGUAAAAAUGGCGACUGGAAUAUCUGUCUAGACUGUUAUCGUGCCGGAAAAGGGUGUCUGAAUUGGUUUGGUUUCGGCUAUGGUGCAUUCACCAAAUGGGAACGACUGCGCAGAUCUGAUCCGUCCUUGCCAGAGCCUCACAAACUUAUGGCAAGCCGGUUCCUCCAACCUACAGCCAUGGUGGCAUCCGCAGCUGAAGACAGAAAGGCGUGGUCGACUGAAGAUCCAUACGAACGGUUGCAGAGCGGGACCUUUUGCGCGCUUUGCCUCACAUGGUCGAAUGAGUGCUACUGGCGUUGUGAUGUUUGCAACCAGGGCGAUUGGGGUUUCUGCAACGACUGUGUCAACCAAGGCAGGAGCUGCACGCACGCCCUGCUUCCGCUGGCUCAUCAGUUUUCCCUGAAGUCAGCGGGAUCGCUGCCACCAAGUCCUCGCUCGCCAUCGCGCCCCUCAUCAGCGACCAUGAUGGUGGGUCUAAACGCAACAAGCAUCGGCCCUUUUAAAGUCAUGACCUUUAUCACUACGUGUGAUAUUUGCAGAAUGCCCAUCGCGCCCACGCAGAGUCGCUUCCACUGUUUUACGUGUAUCAGCUCGAUAGUGCCAGACUCGAGACCCGGAGACUACGACAUAUGCGAACAGUGUUAUGGUUCUAUGAGCUCAAAUGGUCGUAUCAACCCGGAGAACGGCCCAUCUGGCUGGAGGCGGUGUCCCAAGGGCCAUCGAAUGGUAGUGGUGGGUUUCCAGGAUGGCAGUGGCGGGCAGAGGCGUUACACCGUGCGUGACCUCGUCGGUGGCCGACGCUUGCAGGCUGAGACGGUGCCAGAGGAGCCUGGCUUGCAACGAUGGUUUUGGUAUGAGGGUGACGACAAGCGCGAGAGACUUGUGUCCAGCGACGUGGCCCAGAGCAUAGACACAGGGAACCCGACAUUUCCGCCUGAUGGCGGGUUUGGUCUGAGAGCGACCGCAAGGUGGGCUUGGUAUCCCGCUCCCGAGAACAGUGACGAGCUUCUGUUCCCCAAGGGUGCAGAGAUCACGGAAAUUGAGGACGCGAAUGGGGAGUGGUAUCAUGGGGUUUACAUGGGCUCAAAAGGCUUGUUCCCAGCCCCGUAUGUGAGGCUCCUGGAGUAAUGAUCAGACGAGCAUGAUGAGCAAGGAUGGCAGGAACCAGCUCUGGCUAACAAUCCGAGAAUGAGCUGUAUAUAUAAUGACGAGCAUGAAAAGGGUCACAAGCAUCUGGUAGGAAGCAUGAAAUGGUUUCAACGGAUCUACAGCAUGUAUCAGGGCAUGUUAUGACUUGUACAAAACAUCAUCAAUGGAAUGAGUUGAAUUAGGAGAACUGCUGACUGGAGAGGUGAAAUUCACUGAAAGGAUAUAGACUGGGCCCUCAAUGAUAGUGUCCUGUUCCCA